UUAAAAACUGAUAAAAUAUUAUGAAAUUUUAAAGAAUAUUAAAAAAACAAAACAAAAAAAAGAAGUUGUAUAUUUUUUUACCUUACAUUACUAUUCGUUGCUUACUAAGGCCUUGAUAUGCCAUUAGUUGUCUUUACAGGUUAUCCUUCUUCAGGAAAAACUCGGAGAGCACUUGAACUUAGAAAAGCACUUUGCAAUAGGAUAGAAUUAUAUGAAAGAAAACCCCCAUUUCAAGUCAUUUUAGUCAAUGAUGAAUCUCUUGGAAUCAAAAAGGAUGCUUAUGGAAGUAGCUUUAUAGCUUUUUUUUAAAUAAAAAUAUCUUAUAUUAGAUGCGACGAAAGAGAAAGCUGCUAGAGCGGCAAUGUAUUCAGCCGUUGGGCGUGCUUUAAAUAAAAAUACAAUUGUAUUAUGUGAUGGGAUGAAUUAUAUUAAGGGUUAUAGAUAUCAAUUGUAUUGUGAGGCUAAAAAUAGUGGUACAUCUUAUUGUGUGAUUCAUUGUGGGACUCCAAUUGAUAUAUGUAGAAAAUGGAAUUACACACGGAAAUCUUUAGGAUAUCCUCAAGACAUAUUUGAGGAGCUUUUGAUGAGAUAUGAAGAGCCUAAUUCAUCGACAAAAUGGGAUUCACCUUUAUUUACUGUAAUAUAUUCAGAUUUAUCAUUUCCUGUUGAUUCGAUAUGGAAAAUCUUAUCUAGCACAAAAAUGAUCAAACCUAAUGCAUCAACUCUUGUGAAACCAUUAUCAUCAUCUGACUAUUUAUUCGAACUUAAUAAAAUUACUCAAGAAAUUAUAAAUACAAUAAUUGAAAAUCAAACGAUUAAUGAUUCGAAAUCAGAGAUAAAAAUUGAUUCGAUAAAUCAAAGUAUAAUUUUACCGAAUAAUGUUACGUUGUCAAAAUUGCAAUCCAUAAGGCAUCAGUUUAUUAAUCUUAAUAGAAUACAAACAUCUAGUAAAAGUAAAAUUCAAGAAAUUUUUAUAGAAUUUUUAAAUAACCAAUUUAAAUGA